UUCCUCGAAAUAAUAUAUUUCAGUCGUGGCUUACAGCGAAAUUCGAGGCAGGAUGUGAAUGUUCUAGUGACAGCGAUUUCGCGGCACGUUCGUCAUCUCUUGAAUAUCGGAGAAGGUAAGUCUUGCUUUUCUUUGCCUGAUGAUUUAACCGUUAAAGAUUAUUUUGUCAUUGAGUCAUAUUUAUGACACUUACACGAAAACAGGCAAAAGAUGAAAGUGAAGCCAAGGUGCGAAGAUGCUUAUUAUGUUUCAGUGAUAUGUUUCGUGUUGGUUAGCAUUGUUGUUUUUUUUUCCUUUGAAUGUUGAUUAUCGAUAAAAACAUAUUUUCCUUAAAGGGCCACAAACGCAGAUUACAGGGGACCAGUGAAAUAAGAGGUUUAAAACGGUGCAUAUCUACUCCCGCAGACCUACAUCUGUAGACUCCAGUUAAACCUUUGGGUCAGCCCUCGCAUUCUGUUGUCGAGUCUCUGGACAGCCAUUAUUGCUGAUAGUUUGCUUAGCACUUCUGAGGUAUGGAGUCAGUCUCCCAUUCGAGAUAUUGGUGGCGUAGAUGGUGAGAGCAAUAAAGCAGCAAUGUAUGUUGCAUUUACGAAUACGUGCAUUGGUUACAAUAUGAAUUAUAAAGGUAUCUCACUUACAGUUUGUUGUCUUUAUUUACAUAUCACAGGCAACAAUCCCAUCUGAUUUCUUUCUCUUAUAGUUUGAACUCGUCUUUAUUUUCUCACGAUGAGAAUAUAUGUUCUGAUUCAGAAGAGUCUACCUAUUAAUACUUGACAGUAUAUAUGUCGUAGUUAUAUUUUUAUCUCAGAUAAUUUUUGUUUCUCUUUAGUUCUUGAGUAUAGUAAUGAAUGCUAUGAAGUUCAAACAAAAGAAAAAGAAAAAUUACCUGAGAUAGCAAAUUAACAACAACAUAUAUAUAUAUUUAGUAUAUACACACUCAGUGAUCUUGGUAAUUCAAGCAAUCUGAUUGGUUAGCUAUCUCGGACUAUGACGUUAUAUUCACCGCGCUAGGCGGUGAAAAUAAAGCCGAACAAAAUCGCUGUCGUGAACUGGGUGUUUUGCCAAAGUUUCAAAUUAAAACCUUUUUGAAAAUACAGGAAUAUCCAAGUGCUGAUGACUUUGAAGGCAAGAAAACACUUCAUGGUGUUUAAACAGCGUGAUUUAUUGUGAAUUGGUUUACUUCAGCUGACUUUUUGUGCGUUCGAAGCUAUGUUUACCACUACAGAGGAAAACGAGGUCGCUUUGUCACUGUUUUGUGAUUUCGGGAUUUUCCCGCAAGACCAAUUUUGCCUAUAAAUAGAAGUUAAUUUAUGGAGAAGAGAGGAAGGCAAAUAUUUUCGAAAAUUGUACGUGCUAGCAAGUUAACAAGGCAAAGAACUUUGGCGAUAAUCAACGCUCACCUUGAUCGCAGCCGCUGUUGAGAGCAUUUGCAAGAAGCGACGAAGAAAACUUUCUCAAUCACGGUGAGUUGACAGAAACAAAUAAAGCUCUAGAUACUUUUCUUCUCAGAAUUGGGUAGUAAUUUAAAUUUUCGGCGUUUUCUUUUAAACCGUUGAUGCUAAAGCUUACAAAACUCGAUACAAAAGGAUUAAAACUAUCAUUUGCCAUGUCUGAAGAUACUGUAAAGAUCUAACUUUUACGCAUCCACUGUUUACGGCUUCGUGUUCACGCAUGAAUUUUCACCCGUCAAUCAAACUAAUCGUUUUUUAAUGGUUUCCUUUCUGACUCUGUUGAGAUCACUUCGUGUGAACAUACUAAAACAAUUAUUCACCUCAGGCUCAGUUAAUAUUGCUGAAUAUUAUUGUUUUAUUCAGCAAUAUUAACUUCGCCUUCGGCGAAUAAUUGUUAAAUAUUCCAUCAGAUAUUGGAUAAACAUAACAGUCUAUCUAUGAUUGCACUUGAGUUUUCAUUACUGCAUGUCAGGUUUUUACAAGUAAUCUCUUCCUUCUAACAAACACUUUGUUCCCAGGGUGAUUUCUAAACCGGGAGUAAAAGGUCUAUUGGUGGGGUACAUUGCCUAUGAAUAGUAUUAUGUUAUACUACAGUUGGCCAUGAUGUUUUGGUGCUUUUUCUCAGUAAUCAAGCACUUUAUAAUUCUGCCAUCCUUGAAUAAAGACAGAUCUAUUGACACUGGCAGUGACACUGAUUUUUAUGUACAAAAUUUCAGUUGCCCCACGGGCUGGGUAAGAAAAAUUAGCUUCUGCCACUAUCAGGGUGGUUCCUAAAGCGUUGCACGAUAAUAUUAGGCGCAUACAUGCACAGGUGAAACGCCAAUGCAUAAAAGUGUUAACCCCCCCCCCCGCCCCUCCCUCCCCAUGACCCUGCCUUUCUUCAUAUGCCUGGGUCAAGAGAUCCACUUCUUAUGGAAAAACUAGGUUCUGCUAACAAAAUACGAAGUAGUGAGCUUGAAUGUGAUUUGCUGGGAAAAAUGAACAAUUUUAUUUUUCCCUCUAUUUUUUUUAUACUUUCUAACUGCUGUUUAUCUCAACAGGCACACAGGAAGUAUUGAAUGUGCUAAUAGCCUAUCCCUGCUGUAGGCAUCAAAGAGCAUAUCUUUCAGGUAAUUGCUUGUUGACUGUGCUGGUAAUGAGGAUGUUAAUGAUCAUCAUUAUCAUUGGCGCAUUCUCUAUUGAACUGCAGUGUUCUAUUGUGGCCUUGAUUUUCUGUUUAGUAGCAUUUUCGUAAGUUGUGAAAAUAUUUUCCCACUCUCAAACUUGAAUAUUUUACAGUUACAGGGCCUACAGAGUAAGAAAAUGCUAUGAAGUGAUUGACUGGAACUACCACCUUCACCUCCUCCCUGCCACAAACCCCCCAAAAAACCAGGAGAACAGAUGUUCAGCUGAAAGUAAUAUCAGCAGACAAAGCAAUGGCACAUAAAGAUCAUAAAAGCAGACAAGGGAUAUGACUUUAUUCCCCUCGUCAUUGCUAACAUAUUACGUGCCAGAUUACAUGAUCUGGAUAUCGUGACAAGGAAUAUCUCUCUAAAUGCAAGCGAUCCCCAACUGUGAUAGUGGUCAGCGGUCAGCGAGCAUGAUGGCCGCGUUUUUUGUUGGUUCUGUCAACUUGACAUAAUUUCUCACGUUAUACAUAACUUUAAGGGGCACAAUAUUAGUUUAUCUAGAUGUGCCCCUCUCCUCUCCUUCAAAUAUACAAUGUAAUUCAAUUUAAGUGUUGUAAUUUCUAUUUUACGCGUUUAUUUCCUUUGUAAAUCUUUAUCUGUUACUAUAAUAUUUCUCUCAGUUAUAUUUACAUAACUAUGUAUCAGCUAGGAGGAAUAAAUAAAAUUUAAAAAAAAUAAAUCCCCAACUGUUGGCCCCAAUCCAUUGCAGCCAUACCACCACCUUCCACUGCAGAAUUGUGCGAGUGGGAGAAUCGGUUCAGUUUACCUGCACCGUCAAAAGCUGUGAACCAGAAAAAG